AUGACUACUAUCAUUAAUCAUAACAAUUACUUCGAAUCAUACACUCAUUUGAUUGUAUUGCUUUUUGUCUAUUGGAUAAAGGCCACAAAUAUUAAAGAAAUAGGUAGAGGUGGAUUUUCCGUAGUAUAUAAAACGUCAUAUGAAACAUAUGAAGAAGUUGCAAUCAAGAUAAUAAAAGAUUCGCAUAAAAAUAAAAAACCAUUUUUAAACGAGUUAAAGGCGUAUCGUGAACUUGCUAAAUACUAUGGCAUAUCAAUGGAUAAAAAUACAGGAGACUUUAUUUUAGUAUUAAAUUACGCAAAAUUUGGGUCAUUAUGUGAAAAUCUUAAAGAUGUAUUUAAAUUAGAGUGGAAAAUUAAACUAAAGAUGUUAUGCGAUAUUGCUAAUGAUCUAUCAAAUAUCCAUUCUAAAAACUUUAUACAUCGAGAUUUACAUCCUGGUAAUAUUUUAUUAAAAGAACGAUAUGAAGCUUACAUUGAUUCAG